AUGUCCAAAAUCAGUAGAUCCCUCCUUCUGGUGACUGUCAUAAUGCCAACUCUAACAUAUAUAUCAAUUUUUUGUCAUAUGGGCUUCUGUAGUCCAACUAAACUCAGUAAACGGGAGCUUCUUAUCACACUGCAG